AGAAAGUCACACAAAAUAAGGCUCAUGCUUAAUCAUUACAGAAUGAACAAAGAGUAAUGAUUAGGCUUGGUAAAAGAAAUAAUUUUCUAAAGAAGGCAUGGAACCAUUCUCGCUUUCUCUCUUCAAAACCAAACGGAUUUCUUGAGAAACACGAAAGUGUUGAAACCAGACAUGCAAAAGACAACGCUAAUGUUGUAAUAAUUGGAGGAGGAUGUGUUGGUACUGGUUUGGCGUAUCAUCUCGCAAAGUUUGGGGUGAAAAAUGUUGUGCUUCUCGAGAAAACUGAACUCACUGCUGGAUCAACAUGGCAUGCAGCUGGUCUCACUACAUACUAUCAUCCUGGUAUCAACAUGCGGAACCUUCAUUACGAAUCGAUAAAACUUUUCGAAACAAUCGAAGCAGAAACUGAUCAGGAAAUUGGAUUUCACGCCACUGGCUCACUCCGUUUGGCCCAUACAAUGGAACAUAUGAACGAGUUCAAAUACAUGAUGACCCGACAUCAGUGGCAUCGAGCCAACCAGGAGCUAGUUGACCCCGACAGCAUAGCGGAGAUGCAUCCUCUUCUGAACAUGGAUGGAAUUCACGGGGGAUUAUACUGCCCUGGUGAUGGUCAUACCGACCCUUACAGUCUUACUAUGGCGUUUGCUAAAGGGGCCCGAAUGUAUGGAGCAACAUUAGUACAAGAUUGUCCAGUCACUGGCACUAAACAGAGGGCUGACGGAACAUGGGAGGUGGAUACACCUUCUGGAAAAAUAAACACAAAGCAAGUGGUCAACGCAGCCGGAUUCCACGCUCGAGAAAUCGGGCAGAUGGCGGGACUGGAUCUACCUCUUGUUCCGGUACACCAUCAGUACUUGGUAACUGCAAGUGUUCCCUUUUUAGAGGACUGGCAGAAGAACCACAACGGUCGUCAGAUUCCAGGCAUUCGGGAUCUGAGAGGUUCUUACUACGCGAGACAGGAGCGAACAGGACUCCUGUUUGGACCGUACGAGGAACCAGAGAAGAUGAAGAUUCAGGAGGACUGGUAUGAUAACGGCGUUCCUAAAGGCUUCGGUAAAGAACUCUGGGAAAGUGAUUUAGAUCGUCUUGAUAAGUGCAUAGAGCAUGCUAUGGACCUGCUGCCAAUAAUGCAGGAAACAGACAUUACGAGCGUGAUAGCAGGACCGAUUACAUAUUCUCCCGACAUAUUACCGAUGAUGGGACCAACUCACCACUUAACAAAUUACUGGCUAGCCGUCGGGUUCGGCUACGGUAUUAUACAUUCUGGAGGUGCUGGAAAAUACCUUGCUAGAUGGAUGAUGAAUGGAGAACCUGACUACGACCUGAUAGAAUGUGAUCCAGAUAGAUAUUCGGACUGGACUGACCGGAAGUUCCUAAUGGAGAAGGCUCGAGAGUCCUACGGAAUGAACACGUGUCCUGCGUUCCCUAAAGAGGAGAGAUGGGCAGGAAGACCUACAGAGAGGGUGAGCGGAGUUUACGAGGAAACUAAAGAAAGGGGAGCUGCGUUUGGGUUCCAUGCUGGAUGGGAACAGCCGCACUUCUUUGCAACUAAAGGGGAACUCACGACCACACCAGUCUGUUACACCAGGAAACAUUAUCAUGAUGCAGUCGGCAGAGAAGUGGAUCUCAUUCUCAACGGGGUCGGUGUAGCUGAUCUUACUCCAUUCGGAAAGUUCGUUUUAGAAGGACCAGGUGCAACUAAGUUCCUCUCCUCGAUGGUUGCUAAUACUCUACCCAAGCAACAACGAGUGAACAUAUCGCACAUGCUUACUCCCAAUGGUAAAGUCUACUCUGAACUAACAAUAUCUAGACUCGGAAAAGACAGAUAUUACAUAGUGACAGGUUCUGGCAGUGAAGGACAUGAUUUCAGGUGGAUAAAGCAGCACAUGCCUGAAAAUGCAGAGUUUACACUGCAGAACGUGACCGAUCAAAUGGGAGUGUUAGCAGUAACCGGGAAAUAUUCCCGUGACGUCAUGACCAAGCUUACUGACAGUGCUAUGUCUCAUGAAGAAUUCCCGUUUUUGGAAUGUCGUGAAAUGAACCUGGCCGGAUUUGGUGUUCAGGCAACAAGGAUAUCGUACACUGGCGAGUUGGGAUGGGAAAUUCAUCAUGAUCGAAACGACACAGGCGCCCUUUACAAAAGAAUUCUAGAAGCAGGAGCUGAAUUUGAGAUUGGAGAUUAUGGUGCUUACGCAACGAACUCUUUAAGACUUGAAAAAGGAUUUAGGGGAUGGGGAUCCGAGAUGAAUCUGGAUAAGAACCCAUUCGAAGCUGGUUUAGGGCCCUUCGUAAAAACAAACAAAAAGACGAGUUUUAUUGGUCAAGAGGCUUGUAAGGAAUUGCUUGGUAAAGAGUUGAAGACUAAAUUGGUGGCUCUGACUGUUGACACUCAUGGUUAUUUGGAUCCGGAGGGUAACGAGACUAUUUGGUUUGACAACAAGGUCGUUGGUAACACUACAUCCGGAGCCUGGAGUUAUAACAAAAAUACAAGUAUUUGCAUGGCAUACCUCCCACCCGGCGACCUGGCUGAACUAGGUUCCAAUGUGUACGUUGAACUUCUGGGCAAGAGAUACAAAGCUACUGUAGUUAACGACCCCAUGUACGAGACAGAGGCGGUCAGAACGAGAAAUGCUCUCAAACAGGCACAGCUACAGGCUUGAGCUAGUUUCAGUUAGCGUCACUUGACUCAAGACAUGAACAGAAUGCUUGUGGCAGGACUCGAAUAUGUAAAUACGCAUGGAUUAGAUUAUCACUUCCAUCUCAAAAAGUGAAAAUAAAGCAGAGAACUUGAUAUCAGGCCAUUUUAAUAACUCAGCAUUGGCGACAAGAUUGACUAUCGUUUGUUGAUAUUAAUUUUUAACCGAAGAGGGAUAUUCUAAGCUAUAAAUAUUUUGACCAUCGCCAUAAGAACGAAAUCUGGAGACAAAUUAAUUUAUUAUUAGUGAGAGUUGAAACUCUUAAGUUUGUUGAACAAUAAAGAUUAUCACAGUUGUACUGUUCUUAAACAAGUCGAAAGAAAACAUAACAAA